GUGCGCGCGUGUACACACGCAGGGGGCUGACAGCCUGCUACUCGGAGACUUCGGCCAGGGCUGGUGUUAUCUGGUGGAAGUGGGCGUGUCGGAGAAAGAACUCAACAGCUGAUAUUUACUGAUGGACCCCAAGGAAUCAUUAAGCCCCCCCAGUAGAGAAGAAAUCCCCAGCAGUGUGCUUGGUCGAGAGAGGGGAAAUGUGAUGGACUUCUAUAAAACCCUAAGGGGAGGAGCUACUGUGAAGGUUUCUGCAUCUUCACCCUCACUGGCUGCUGCUUCUCAGGCAGACUCCAAGCAGCAAAGACUUUUGGUUGAUUUUCCAAAAGGCUCAGGAAGCAAUGUGCAGCAGCCAGAUCUGUCCAAGGCAGUUUCACUCUCAAUGGGACUGUAUAUGGGAGAGACAGAGACAAAAGUGAUGGGAAAUGACCUGGGAUUCCCACAGCAGGGCCAAAUGAGCCUUUCCUCUGGGGAAACAGACUUUCGGCUUCUGGAAGAAAGCAUCGCAAACCUCAAUAGGUCGACCAGUGUUCCAGAGAACCCCAAGAAUUCAGCAUCAGCUGCUGCCUCUGCUGCCCCCACAGAGAAGGAGUUUCCAAAAACUCACUCUGAUGUAUCUUCAGAACAGCAAAAUUUGAAGGGCCAGACUGGCACUAAUGGGGGUAAUGUGAAGUUGUAUACCACAGACCAAAGCACCUUUGACAUAUGGAGGAAAAAACUCCAGGAUUUGGAGUUUUCUUCUGGGUCCCCAGGUAAAGAGACAAGUGAGAGUCCUUGGAGCUCAGACCUCUUGAUAGAUGAAAACUGUUUGCUUUCUCCUUUGGCAGGAGAGGAUGAUCCAUUCCUUCUGGAAGGAAACUCGAAAGAGGACUGUAAGCCUCUUGUUUUACCGGACACUAAACCUAAAAUUAAGGAUAAUGGAGAUCUUAUCUUAUCAAGCCCUAACAGUGUGCCACUGCCCCAAGUGAAAACAGAAAAAGAAGAUUUUAUCGAACUCUGCACCCCUGGAGUAAUUAAGCAGGAGAAACUGGGCCCAGUUUAUUGUCAGGCCAGCUUUUCUGGAGCAAAUAUAAUUGGUAAUAAAAUGUCUGCCAUUUCUGUUCAUGGUGUGAGUACCUCUGGGGGACAGAUGUACCACUAUGACAUGAAUACAGCAUCCCUUUCUCAACAGCAGGAUCAGAAACCUAUUUUUAAUGUCAUUCCACCAAUUCCUGUUGGUUCAGAAAAUUGGAAUAGAUGCCAAGGAUCUGGAGAUGAUAACUUGACUUCCUUAGGGACUUUGAACUUCUCCGGUCGAUCGGUUUUUUCUAAUGGCUAUUCAAGCCCUGGAAUGAGACCAGAUGUAAGCUCUCCUCCAUCCAGCUCCUCAGCAGCAACGGGACCACCUCCCAAACUCUGCCUAGUGUGCUCUGAUGAAGCUUCGGGAUGUCAUUAUGGGGUCUUAACUUGUGGAAGCUGUAAAGUAUUCUUCAAAAGAGCAGUGGAAGGACAGCACAAUUAUCUUUGUGCUGGAAGAAAUGAUUGCAUCAUUGAUAAAAUUCGAAGAAAAAACUGCCCAGCAUGCCGCUAUAGAAAAUGUCUUCAAGCAGGAAUGAACCUGGAAGCUCGAAAAACAAAGAAAAAGAUAAAAGGAAUUCAGCAGGCCACUACAGGAGUCUCACAAGAAACUUCUGAAAAUUCUGCUAACAAAACAAUAGUCCCUGCAACGUUACCGCAACUCACCCCUACCCUGGUGUCACUGCUGGAGGUCAUUGAGCCGGAGGUGAUAUAUGCGGGCUACGACAGCUCCAUUCCAGAUACAACUUGGCGGAUCAUGACCACACUCAACAUGUUAGGUGGGCGGCAGGUGAUCGCAGCGGUGAAAUGGGCGAAGGCGAUACCAGGAUUCAGGAACUUACAUCUGGAUGACCAAAUGACCCUACUGCAAUAUUCAUGGAUGUUCCUCAUGUCAUUCGCCCUGGGGUGGAGAUCAUAUAGACAAUCAAGUUCAAACUUGCUGUGUUUUGCUCCUGAUCUGAUUAUUAAUGAGCAGAGAAUGGCUUUACCCUGCAUGUAUGACCAAUGUAAACAUAUGCUAUAUGUUUCCUCUGAGUUAAACAGACUUCAGGUAUCUUACGAAGAGUAUCUCUGUAUGAAAACCUUACUGCUUCUCUCUUCAGUUCCUAAGGAAGGUUUGAAGAGUCAAGAGCUAUUUGAUGAAAUUAGAAUGACCUACAUCAAAGAGCUAGGAAAAGCCAUCGUCAAGAGAGAAGGAAACUCCAGUCAGAACUGGCAGCGGUUUUACCAGCUGACAAAACUCUUGGACUCCAUGCAUGAUGUGGUUGAAAAUCUCCUUAACUAUUGCUUCCAAACAUUUUUGGAUAAGACCAUGAGUAUUGAAUUCCCAGAGAUGUUAGCUGAAAUCAUCACCAAUCAGAUACCAAAAUAUUCAAGUGGAAAUAUCAAAAAACUUCUGUUUCAUCAAAAGUGACUGCCUUAAUAAGAAGGGUUGCCUUAAAGAAAGUUGAAUUUAUAGCUUUUAUUGUACACACUGUCAAUCUGUCCUGUAGCAGUUUUGUUUUUCUUUUUUGUUUUUGUCUGGUUUUGGUUUUUGUUUUGUUUUAAAUACGCACUACAUGUGGUUUAUAGAGGGCCAAGACUUGGCAACAGAAGCAGUUGAGCCAUCACUUUUCAGUGAUGGGAAAAGUAGAAAGUGAUAGUUGGUGGAUCCCAGAAAUUAGAAACAAUAACACAGGGGUAAGCUCCACUUUCAGAGAAGGAUGGCACCUAAACCACCAGUGCCCGAAGUCUGCGUGAUGAACUUUCUGCUCAUACUUUUCACAGUUGGCUGGACAAGAUUUUCUAGACUUUUUGUUGGUGUAUUUUCCCCUGUAUAGUUAGGAUAGCAUUUUUUGAUUUAUGCAUGGAAACCUGAAAAAAGUUUACAAGUGUAUAUCAGAAAAGGGAAGUUGUGCCUUUUAUAGCUAUUACUGUCUGGUUUUAACAAUUUCCUUUAUAUUCAGUGAACUAUGCUUGCUCAUUUUUUCUUACAUAAUUUUUGUAUUCAAGUUAUUGUACAGCUGUUUAAGAUGGGCAGCUAGUUCAUAGCUUUCCUAAAUAAACUCUAAACAUUAAUCUUCUGUGUGAAAAUGGGUUGGUGCUUCUAACCUGAUGGCACUUAGCUAUCAGAAGACCACAAAAAUUGACUCAAAUCUCCAGUUUUCUUGUCAAAAAAGCUCAUAUUUUGUACAUAUCUGCUUCAGUGGAGAAUUAUAUAGAUUGUGCAAAUUAACCAUCCUAACUGGUGUAGAGCACCUAGUCCAGUGACCUGCUGGGUAAACCAUGGAUUACAAAAGACUAAUUAAAAAAAAUUAAAAAAUAAAAAAAAUAAAACUACCAAGAGGCCCUGUUUGUACCUAACGCCCUAUCUCUGCAAUGGUUAGAUGGCAAGAAAGUUGGUAAACUGUCUUUCAGGACCUUUUGUUGUAGUUUGUAUAACUUCUUAAAAGUUAUGAUUCCAGAUAACCAGCUGAAACACAGCAGAGAAGAUUUUAAUCUGUCCAAGUAAUUCCUCCCACUAAACUUUACACCCCCCCCCCCAAAAUCUGUAAUAUGGCAAAAGUGGCUAGACACCCAUUUUCACAUUCCCAUUUGUCACCAAUUGGUCUUUCUUUCCUGGGGGUACAGGAAAGCUCAGCUACUGAUUUUUCUGAUUUAGGACUAUACGUCAGACUUCUGUGUUCGUAAAACUAUACAUCCCUCACAUCCUUAUGUGUGCCAUGGAGUUCAACAAAAGUCAUGUGAAUUUCUCCUCCUCACUGUUGAGAAUUAUCAUUUUAAACAAGAUAGAAGCUGUAGUAGCCCUUUCUGUGUGCACCUUACCAACUUUCUGUAAACUCAAAACUUGUAUUU